UUAUGUAUCACGCCGAUGGUGAUGCCAGGUGAUGCCAUGUGUGAGAGUGUAUAAUUUUCAAGAAUCUAUUAAUUAAUCACAGUCUGCACUAGAAAAUUAAUUAAAUCUUACAUAAAUAAAUCACUACGAUUUUGUGACUUGAAAAUUAGAUAUCUAAAAGAAGAAGAAAUUGCUCAUGCAAAUAUAACCUACACACCGCGCUGUAAUGUUUACGAAACAAUAUAAGAAACAAAAAGAAGCAUAAUUUCGGAGAUCUACUCGACGUGCAUAUAAAAUUUCUCAAAAUCGCUUUGAUGUCUUAAACACGAAAUGUUAUUUACGAUCGAGAGGUACGCGAUUCGCGCGAGUGCGCAUUAUUUACGACGAUGUUUCUCAAACAGUGUCGGAACUUCGCCGCAAGAAUUUGCUUUGCAAUCCAAUGAAAAUUGUAUAUCGAUACGUCGUGAAGCUGAAAAGUCUUUGAAGAUCGCUUUUCUAGGCGCGCCAAAUGUCGGAAAAAGCACACUCGUUAAUCAACUUAUUAAACGAUCGAUAUGCCCCGUAUCCUCCAAAGUACACACCACACAAACCAAAGCACAUGCAAUUUAUUGCGAAGGUGAUACUCAGCUUAUAUUUAUGGACACGCCUGGUAUGGUUUCCCUGACUGAAUGUAAAAAGUUCAAGUUAGCCGACAGCUUCAAAAAAGAUCAGAAAGCCUCCUUAAAUGUGGCAGAUAUUAUAGGAAUUGUGCAGGAUGCAGAAAAUAUAUAUACUAGACAUAAAAUUGAUAGAAAUAUAUUAGAACUUUUGACGGAAGAUAUAAGAAAGAAGAUUCCUAUAAUUCUGGUCAUUAAUAAAGUGGACAGAAUAAAGAAGAAGGAGAUAUUGUUAGAUUUUGUAUACACUUUGACCAAAAGUAAGAAGUCUCCAGAUUUCUGUGAUGUAUUUAUGAUAUCUGCUUUAACUAGGGACGGUGUUGACGACUUGAGGACUUACUUAUUAGACUCAGCUAAACCACGAGCCUGGCAGUAUGAAGGACAUGUUUACAGUGAUAAUAAGUGCCAGGAUAUAAUAUGGCAGACAGUAAGAGCAAAGCUACUAGACAUUCUACCAAACGAGGUUCCUUAUCGUUUACUGGUGAAGUUGGAGCACUUCGAUCCAGCACCCGACGACAGUGUCAAUGCAUUGGUAUCCAUUAAAUGCCCCAACAUGCGCAUUGCUCGUCUAUUAACGCGCGGUAGAAAUAAUAGAAUAAGUCAAGUCGCUGUUAUGGCAGAACAGGAACUGCGACACGCUUUUCGUACGUCGGUGAUAUUAAAGCUAGCUGUGGAACCUUCAACAUAA